AUGCUGCGAUGCGUCGCGCUCGCACUGGCCUGCGCGAGCUGUCGCGCGUCGCUCUUCGCGUCGCUCGUGGAGACGCACGACGACGACGCGCCGGCGGACCGCCGCGAGGCUGCGGCGACGCCGGAGGCGCCGCCGUCGAAGCGCGACGUGCUGGCCUGGCGCAGCCGCCUCGAGCGCAAGCGGGCCUGCGUGUCGUCGGGCGUCGGCGCCUUCUACCUCUACCACGCGCGCAAGGCCGCGGGCACGUCGCUGCGCGCCGCGCUGCAGCACGCGGCGAAGCGGUCGCGCGUGGACUACCUCGAGACCGAGGGCCUGUCCAUCGACGCGCGGUUCCUGGGCCUCCGGUCCGUCAUCACCGUCGUGUCGCUCCGGGACCCCGUGCGGCGCGUGCUGAGCAUGUACUGGUACGAGCACGUCGGCUGGCACGACGGCGUCACCCACGACCACUCGAAGCUGCGCACGCUCCGGUCCUGGGCGGACGAGUGGGUCGAGGGCAGCGCCUGGAAGCGAGAGUUUGAAAAAAAGCACCCGGGCAACGUCUACGUCGAGGUGGAGAACUAUUUCACGAAGAUGCUCACGGGCUGGAACCGCGACGGCCGCGGCGAGGCGCUCGACGGAGCGUCGCUCGCGAGCGCGAAAGCCGCGCUCGACCGCUUCGACUUCGUGUUCAUCGUCGAGCGGGGCCGGCGCGCGAACCACACGCGCCUCCUCUGGGACGCGCUGGGCUACGAGCUCCCGCUCACGUCGGAGCUCCGCGGCGACGAGUCGGCGAAGGCGCGGCUCCGGCCGAAGCUCGCGGCCGACGAGGCGGACGUCGUCCGGUUCCUGGAGGCGCGGAACGCGCUCGACGCGGCGCUCUACGCCUACGCCCUCGCGCUCGACGACGACCGCGUCGCGGCGUCCGCGGCGCCCGCGCUGCGGACCCGCGGCGAGAGGCCCCCGUCGACGACGGGCGGCGGCGGCGCGGCGGCCGGCGGGAAGUGCGCGCGGAUGUCGGAGACGGCGUUCCGCCGCUGGCGGCUCCGCGGCGGCGCGGCGCCCGGCGCGCGCGGGGGCCGCGACGCCGGCGGCGGCCGCGGGCGCACGGCCGGCGGCCGCGCCGCCGGGUCCGGCGGCGCGAGCAGCGGGCCGGUCCCCCGCGUCGACCGCCAGCGCUCGGCGCGCGCGGCCCAGUCCGCGCGCUCCCCCGCGCUCGCCUUGGCGAUCUUCGCCUCGACGAUGCGGUCGACCAUGUGCACGGGCGCGAGGACCGCGCUCGGCGGCACGUCCGCGCGGCACUCGGGGCACUGCCGCUUCGUCCGGAGCCAGUUGCUCAGGCACUCGCCGCACGCGGACUCCGUGAACCGCACGAUGCACCGGUCCCCGCGGCCGACGCUCAGCUCGCUGCGCCCGAGCGAGGGCACGGGGAUCCUCUCGCUGCCCGCGACGAACCGCAAGCGCCUGAUGUCGCCGCUUAACAACACGCCGCGCGCGGACCGGCCGGCGUCGCCGCCGCACCGCAUCUCCUUCGGCGCGUCGCUCCACGACACGCUGCCGCGCGUGAGCGACCGGCGGCGGUCGACGGACCCCGUCGCCGCGCUCAAAGCGAUAGAAACGAACGGCCCGCGGUCGGCCCGCGCGCAUAAACCUCUCGCCGCGGAGCGCCUCGGGUCGCGGUCCGCGGGCAAGCUGCUCUCGGCCGCGCCGGCGCUCGCGCCGAGCCCGCGGCCGCUCCGCAUGCCGGCGGUGGAGUCGCCGCGCGAGCUCUCGCGAUCCGCGGGCGCGAGCCCGCGGGACUGGCGCUUCCCGGACCCGACGCCGCCGGUGCCCCGGUCCGCGCCGGGCGGCGACCGGUGCCCGCUGCCGCCGCCGGCGACGGCCUGCGUGACGCUCGGCGACUCGCCCGGCGCGUCGCCGACGUCCGCGUUGGUCCGGUCCAAGGGCACGAGCCGGCGCGCUUCCGCCUACCAGCCCCCCUCGGCGCGGUCCUCGCGCGCCGUGGCGGCGCGCCUCGACUUCGCGGACCUCGAGGGGCCCGCGGGCGCGGCGAGCCCGCCCGGCGGCGCCGCGCCGCCGCGGCUCUACGGCGAGACGCCGCCGCGCGACGGCGGGCGCACGCCGCCCCUGGAGCGCACGCGCCUCUUCCCGGCGCACGACACGCCGGGCGACGUGCCGUCCGUGCGCGUGCCGUCGCGCGACGACGGCGCGGGCCACUUCCCCUGGAGCCCGUCCGUGCUCUCGCCCGACUCCGCGCGGAGCCGCCGGUCGACCCUCAAGAAGCCGACGGAGGCGCGGCGGCCCGUGCCCGACCCGACGGCCUUCGACCUCGCCGCCUGCUCGCCCGACGGGUCGCGGAGCCGCACGCCGCCGAGCCCCUGCCCGCCGUCGCCCGCGCGCGAGCCCCCGUGGCGGCGGCGCCCGCCGCUGUCGCUCUCCGGCGACGACCUGGCCUUCCCGAGGUCGUCGGGCCGGCCGCCGGGUUCGCGGCCCGUCGCGUCGAGCCUCGACGCGACGAAGAUCCUGCUGGAGCCGGGCGUCCAGGCGGACGACGCGCUGCGGUCCCGGUUGCCGUCGUCCGACGUCGACGAGGCGGAGCACGAGGACGACGCCGACGCGCUGCCGCGGCUCCGGCCCGAGGCGCGCCGGCUGCUGGGCGCCAACACGCAGAAGCGGCGGCGCGUGAAAAAGUCGCCCGCGAAGCCGCCGCGCGACGUCCGCCUCGCGCGCGACUUCGACCUCGUGGAGAAGCUCGGGUCGGGCACGUUCUCCGACGUCUGGCGCUGCCGCUUCAAGGCCGACGGCACCGAGUACGCCGUCAAGGUCGCGAAGCGGCCCUUCCGGAGCCGGCGCGCGCGCGACGCGGCGCUCGUCGAGGCGCGCGCGCUCCGCGCGCUCGAGGGCGUCGACCGCGUCAUCGCCUUCCACUGCGCCUGGCAGGAGGGCGGCCACCUCCACUCGCAGCUCGAGCUCUGCGCGCUCGGGUCGUUGCGGCAGCUCGUCGACGCGCUCGACGACUCCGUCGCGGGCCUCGAGGAGGACCCCUACCUCUCGCGGCUCCUCGGCGACGCGGGCGACGCGCUGGCCCACGCUCACGUCCACGCGGCGGGCUUCGUGCACCUCGACGUGAAGCCGUCGAACCUAUUGAUCGCGGCGGACGGUGCGCUCAAGCUCGGCGACUUCGGCCUCGUCGCGCCCCUCGGCGAGCGGCCCGUCGACGGCGCCGAGGGCGACGACCGCUACCUGAGCGCCGAGUGCCUCCGCGGCGACCACGAGCACGCGGCGUCCGUCGACGUCUUCGCGCUCGGCAUCUCGAUCCUCGAGCUGUCGACGCGGCAGCCGCUGCCGGCGUCGGGCGACAAGUGGCACGCGCUGCGCCGCAACGGCGCGCCGCGGCUGCCGGCGGCGAGCGACGCCUUCGACGCGCUCGUCAAGCGGUGCAUGGACGCGGACCCGCGGCGGCGGCCCGCCGCGGCGGAGCUCGCGAGCCACCCGCUGGCGUCGACCGCGGACUCGAAGGCGACGUGGCUCGCGCUCGCGGCCCGCGCCGCGCCCCCGCCGCCGACGACGCGCGACUCGCUCGAUCUGCCGCCGCGGUCCUCGAAGUCCCUCGCGACGCCUAUCGUCGCAACUACCGCACAUGCGCUCGAGAUCCCGCGGAGCGCCCUGGCGACGAUCCACGCCGGCAAGAUCGCCGUCAUCCCCGACUUCAUGCCCAUGGACGAGGUGCGCCUGAUGCGGUGCGACGCGGCGAACCUCCACGCCGACGGCGUCUUCACGAACAACUACUCGACGGACCUCGCCGACGACCGCCAGGUGCUGCGGCUCAAGCCCUGGAUGGACCGCGACGUCGGCCAAGGCGCCGCGCGGCUCCGGUUCACCGCGCGCAUGGACGCGCUCCGCUGCGACCUGGCGGCGGCGCUCGACCGGCCGCGCCUCGCGGCUUCCGUGCCCCAGGAGUUCUCCUACAGCCGCUACGGGCCCGGCGCGUCGCUCGCGCGCCACAUCGACGAACAUCACGAGGAGCUCAAGGGCGUCUCCGGCUGGCGCGACGCCGGCCGCCGCAGCGUGUCCUGGCUCGUUUACCUCAACGAGGGCUGGGCCCCGUCCGACGGCGGCGCGCUGCGGUGCUACGAGCGCCUCGCGCCCGCGGGGGGGCGCGUGGGCGCGACGUUCGACGGCGACCUCCAGGUCGCGUGGCUCCGCGCCGACGGGGCCGGCGCCGAGCGGCCCGUGUUCCUGGACUCGCGGCUCGAGCCCGGCGGCGCCCACGGGCUCUGCGCCUUUUACGUGCUCGACGAUGAUUUCAGAAAAAGGUACGUGUCGCGCAAAUUCCGCGCGAACCCGGCGCUCUUCGUCGCCGACGGCGGCACGGACGCCGUCGUCAAGGCGGCGCUCCUCGACGACCCGGACGCGCGGCGGCGCUUCGUGCGGCUCGAGCCGCUGAAGAGCCGCCUCCCCCUCGGGCCCGAGGCGCUCCACCCCCGGGAGUUCGCGCCGCGGGACGUCCUGCCGGCGGCGGGCACGCUCGUGCUCUUCGACUCGGUCACGCUGCCCCACGAGGUCCUCGCGACGAAGAGCCGGGAGCGCUUCGCCAUCAGCGGCUGGUUCCACGAGGCGCAGCAGCCCCUCGUCGCGGGCACGUAA